AUGCUCGAGUGCGACGAACACGAUGCUCAGAUGCAGAACAGAGACCUUCAAGGUGCUAAUUUUUGUCUUGGCCAUGGUGACCAACAUGAUGAGUUGCAGCCACAUCCUAUACAAAAAUUCAGAAGGAAAGGUAUUCAUAUUGUCCGUAUAUCUGCAAGGGAUGAGCAUGCAGUGGCAGUUGACUCAAAUGGAUUUGUAUAUACAUGGCGCAAGGGAUACUGUGGUGCUUUAGGCCAUGGGGAUGAGAUUGACAACAUAACUCCAGAGUUAUUGACUAGUCUCAAGAAUCAAUUGGUUGUUCAGGUCUGUGUAAGGAAGAGGAAAACAUUUGUUCUAGUUAAUUCUGGUUCAAUGUAUGGCUUUGGCUCAAUGGGAUUUGGCAGCCUCGGAUUCCUGGAUAGAAGGGUAUCUGAUAAAGUAUUGAAACCUAGAAUCUUGGAUACCUUGAGAGCUCACCAUGUUUCCCAAAUUAGCACAGGCUUAUACCACACUAUGGUGAUCACUAGCAGGGGACAUAUAUUUGGCUUUGGAGACAAUGAAAGAGCACAACUUGGUCAUGACACAUUAACAAGCUGCCUUGAGCCCACUCAAAUUUUCAUUAAACAUACAUAUGAAGAUGUAGAAAACACCUGA